GGGAAGGAGGCGUGGGCAUGGAGCCGGCGGCAGCCGCAGAGCCCGGGGCCCGCGCCGGCGCUUAGGGCGUCCCAGGGGCUCCUUGGGGGCUCGCCCGGCUCCGGGGACCCGAGGAGCCCGGCGCUGCGCGGAUGGCCCUGCUCCCGCGGCCCGCGCUCACCCUCCUGCUGCUCCUGCUGGCCGCCGGGGUCAGAUGCCAGGAGCAGGCCCAGACCACCGACUGGAGGGCCACCCUGAAGACCAUCCGGAACGGCGUCCAUAAGAUAGACACCUACCUGAACGCCGCCUUAGACCUUCUAGGAGGGGAGGACGGGCUCUGCCAGUAUAAGUGCAGUGACGGAUCUAAACCUUUCCCGCGUUACGGUUACAAACCCUCCCCGCCGAAUGGAUGUGGCUCUCCACUGUUUGGUGUUCAUCUUAACAUUGGGAUCCCUUCCCUGACAAAGUGUUGCAACCAGCAUGACAGGUGCUAUGAGACCUGUGGCAAAAGCAAGAAUGACUGUGACGAGGAGUUCCAGUAUUGCCUCUCCAAGAUCUGCCGAAAUGUGCAGAAAACACUAGGCCUAGCUCAGCAUGUUCAGGCAUGUGAAACAACGGUGGAGCUCUUGUUUGACAGUGUCAUACAUUUAGGCUGUAAACCGUACCUGGACAGUCAGCGAGCUGCAUGUAGGUGUCGUUAUGAAGAAAAAACGGAUCUUUAAGGAAGAUACUGACAGUUGGUGACAGAUGAGGAUGGAAGAACAUAGCCUUUGACCAAGAACAAAUGUUUUUAUAGCAUAAAAGUAUCUUAUUUUAUAAAAGAUUAUUUUAAGACCUUACAAAAGUUUAUAUUUUAACAUUAAAACCUCAAAGUAAAACAUAUUGGGGGAGGUCAGAGGAGGUGCGCCUGCCUUCUCAGCUGGCUUCCUGGUGGUGUUGCCUUAGUGUGCCAAAUUGCCUUGACCAGUAUUUGUUAAGGAGAGAAUUUUUACAAAGAAAAAUAUAUAACUUGAUUUUUGCAACCAAAUUUACCAAAAAAAAUGAGAUCAAAUAUAAAAUUCAUUAUUAAAGCUGUUCAACAUUUUUUUUUUGAAACUACAGGAAAUUCUUCACUUAGAAGUAUUAUUUGUUUACUAGGAAAUUUUAAAUACACAUUUAUACCUGAAAGAAGCUACAUUUAUUAUUUCUCUAUUUUAAUUACACAUAAUUUGUUGUUUUUCCAUUGAGCUUAUAAAUAAGUCACAGUUCUAUUAGGACUAGUUAUAAGGACAAGGUUUCCAUGUCUGUUUUUCUUAUAAAAGUGACACCAUCAGCUGAUUACCACGCAGGAAAAAAAUCCAGGGUAUCUAAUCUAAAUAUUAUGUAAUGUGCCGAGAAGGUGACAUGAACAAGAUACAAAAACAUAGCUACUUAGGUUUUAUGGACCACUCAUAACACAAAGGUCUCAAUUGGAGUAAAGGUGGAUUUAAUGAGACAAAUGAAAAGUUAUUUAACAAACACAUUAGUAGGCUAUUUACUGUUAUGCUUUGAUGUUUAUUUCCUAGCACUUGUUCCUUGUGGUAGAUGCUGGGAUACUUUUAAAGGACUAUAACCUUUUACUAAUUGUGGUCUUAAUAAAAGUUGUUCUUGAUA